CACCAUCAUGUCGAGGAAAAGGGAAUUCACCAGCUUUCGCAUGCUCACGUCUACAGAACGUCUACAGAGGCUCCAAACACGCAGACGGUCACUUCCUCUGGCCGUGUUACAGGAAUCUGUUGUGACCUAUCAUGCUUUCGAAUUGUGACAGAGUGGACGUGUGUGGACGGUGUGAUCUGUGAGCUGGCAGUGCUGUAGAGAGGAGUGGAGUGGAGCAUGCUGAUUUAGGAAAGCGCUGUGUUGAAGAUGAUGGACGGUAAAAGAAGAGAAAACUACAGGGCCCACAAACCCCUGCGCAGGACACAGUCUCAGGGGCCGACCAUCUACGCCCCCGUUCUCCUGAUCAGACCAGUGGACGUGAAGCCGGACGUCCCUCUGGCUCUGGAGCCGGUGUCUCCGCUGGACCUGCGGACGGACGGGAGGAUGCUGGACCCGAGCGUGUGGGAGCGGCAGCUGCAGCAGGAGCUGCUCCUCAUCCAGAAGCAGCAGCAGAUCCAGAAAGAGCUGCUCAUAAACGAGUUCCAGAAGCAGCACGAGAACCUGCUCCGCCAGCACCAGGCCCAGCUGCAGGAGCAUCUGAAGCUGCAGCAGGAGCUUCAGGCGAUGAAGCAGCGUCAGGAGCAGCUGGAGAAGGAGAGGAAGCUGGAGCAGCAAAACCAGGAGAGGGAACUGGAGAGGAAUCGCCGCCAGCAACAGGCCCUCAUCCUCAGGAGCAAAGAGCGGGCCAGAGAGAGUGCAGUGGCCAGCACGGAAGUUAAACAGAAGCUCCAGGAGUUCCUGUUGAAUAAAUCCACAAAGGAAUCCAUCCCCAACGGAUCCUGCCACGCCCUCUCCCACAGCUCCAAACUCUGGCUCACGGCGUCCCAUCACACCUCUCUGGAGCAGAGUUCUCCUCCUCUGGGGGGAGUUUCGCCCUCCUACAGGUUCCCCCUGCCCCCCCUGCAGGACUACAGGGACGAUUUCCCUCUGAGGAAGACAGCCUCUGAGCCUAAUCUGAAGGUGCGCUCCAGGUUGAAGCAGAAGGUGGCGGAGAGGAGGAGCAGCCCCCUCCUGCGGAGGAAAGAGGGGAGCGUCAUGACGCCUUUCAAGAAGAGAGCCCUGGAGCUGCUGGAGUCCAGCAGCAGCAGCAGCGCCCCAGGCUCAGGCCCCAGCUCCCCCAACGGAGCCUCCAGCGCCCUGGGGACUGAAAACGGACCAUCAUCUCUACCAACCACCACCAGGACUGAGCGCUGGCCUUCACAGCCCAAGCUGCUUGGCCCUGAGGGUCCGGCGUCCGUGCUGAGCCUUUACACGUCUCCAUCUCUGCCUAACAUCAGCCUCGGGUUCUCUGCUGCUUCUUCUCCGAUCAGCGCUGGUUUGGGGCUGAAGGAGAAGCACGCUGAGGGCGGUGGAGUUUUGGGUCUGCCCGCUCACGUCCUGGGCCAUGUGCCCCUUCCCAUCACCAUGGAGACGAAAGUGGGCAGCAGUCAGCAGGCCCUCCUGCAGCACCUCCUGCAGAAAGAGCAGCUCCGCCAGCAGAAGAUCCUGACCACCGGUCCGGGUGCGGUGUCUGUGCACCCUCCGUCUCCACUGGCCACGAAGGACCGCUGCUCGUCCAGCGUGCGGCCCAAACUGCAGCGGCACCGCCCCCUUAACCGCACGCAGUCCGCCCCGCUGCCCCAGAGCAUGCUGGCCCAACUCGUCAUCCAGCAGCACCAGCACUUCCUGGAGAAGCAGAAACAGUAUCAGCAACAGGUCCACAUCAACAAGCUGCUCUCCAAGUCCAUCGAACAGCUGCGGCAGCCCAGCGGCCGCCUGCAUGAGUCAGAGGAGGACGACGAGGCUCGCGAGCAGGAGGACUGCUCGCCCUCUACUGGCGUCAUCCGGAAGUGCAGCCCCAGCCACAGCAGCAGCAGCAGCAGCAGCAGCAGCUGCGAAGUUAUCAAAAUCAAGGAGGAGCCAGUCGACAGUGACGACGACACACAGGCCAAAGAGAGCUCUUACCUUCACCAGGUGAACGGCAGGCUGGUGAUACGGGCCACCAUCUGAUCCGAGACAGGGGCACAGCACACGCGCACGCCCUCGUCCCCGACUCGCGCCCUAGACUCCACCUCCGAGCCCCUCGGGACUGUUUCCAUUCGUGAACUUGUGCAGUGAUCUCCUGUAUUGUAUGUUGUAAUGUUCUGUAUAUAAUUUCAGGAGGAGGAUCUAGAAAAUCCAGAAUGGUAAAAGUCUCGUCUUUUUCGACUGUAAUUACUGACCUUUUUACUUUCUGUCCGCCCGCUGGAGCCGCGCCGCGCCGGAGCUCACGUAGGAUACUCACUGAUUUUCCACGCCACUUUGCAUAGCUUUAAAUUGGGAUGAUUUUGAUUGUUGUCAAUAUGAUUAUUAUUGAGUUAUUAUUACUUCAGUGUUAGACUGCAGCAGCCUACUCUUCAUCUGCAGGAACUGUUCAUGUUUAUUACGUGUUCAUCUCAAAGGACGGGGGGGGGUUAAAGGAAUACUCCAGCGUUCUUUAACCUGAUCUCUGUCUGCUGCGUCUUCGGUUAUCGUGGAUAAGGUUUCCCUGAACACGGAAAACCGGUUGCCUCUAAACUCACAAUAGAAGUCAAUGGGGCAGUUGCUGAAUUCCGUAAGUAUAAAUCGAUGCAAAACACUUUCAUGCUGUUUUCACCGAUGUUCAUCAGUUCGGCUGUUCAGUCUAGGCUAGUUUUCCAGAUCAAAGAACCUACGAUAACUCUUCACAGGCUCCUGAUCGCCACGGAUACCAGAAAGCCAUCGAAUAAAGUGAAAGUAACCGGAACGUCUUCUACUUACUGUGUUUCUCCAGUCAUGUAAAGUUGAAAUGAACUUCACGAACACGUCUAAUGUCACAUCCUCCCCUCCCCUAUAGCCAUGAAUCUACAUGUUCAGCAACUGCCCAUUGACUUCUAUUAUAGGUGCAUCGUGAGCAAAGUUCCUUUGUUCUUUUCUAACUUCUGGGAAACGUGUUGAAGUUAUUUUCUGUGGUAACUGAUUGUACGAGACAAGCGGGAAAGAUGGAGAUGAGGUUGAAGAAGGGUGGACUGCUCCUUUAAGUUUGAAAGGGGAACUCCACCGAUAUUUCAAAAUUACUGCAUAGUUGAGACACAGAGAGGUAAAGUCAUUCAUGAGCGGUUUGAUGUGAAAUGGCUCGCUGUGUAGAAUCUUACAUUGGAUUUGUUCACAAUAGUGGUGGUGGUGAAGUUUUCUUUAGGGACUAUUUUGCCUCACAUGUAUCCUUCCACCAUAGAAAUAUAUAUAUUUUAGUCUAAAAUCUUCGUAGAGCAAUGUCUGGGACAUCAGGCGGGGCAUUCAUAGCCAUUUCAUGCUUUUCGAGGUGGACGUCUGGUUCCUAUCACCACCACUUUUUUGGAACGGAGCACUUUGUUUACAUCUUACCCGUGAAAUUAUGCAGAAAUUUUGGGAAAAGUAAUCGGAAUUCCUUGUUAACGCAGACCGUCGCUGUGGUGAGGGGUAACGGAACGGCGUUAGAACGUCUGCUGUGCUCUCCCACGGGCCGAAAUCAAACGCAGGGAGCGAGGGCUGAGCAGGAAAUGCCUGGUGGAAGCCAGGAAUGGUGGUGAUUCAUGAGAGAAGGAAUGCUGGGAGAGGACGAGGGGACGAGAGGCCGGCCACGAGCUGAUUUACUGUCAGGGCGAAUUACAGCGUGUUGGGGGGGUGGGGGGGGUGGACAGCGGAGGGAGCCCCCUUUAAAAACCAAUCAUUUCCUCUUUGCUCCCCGGUGACGUGUUUACCUCCACACGCAGGUUUAAUGUCUGGGAAAAGAAAAAAGGUGACCGUUCCCCUCGCUCUCUGUCGGCCCCUCUGGAGCUACUUUAAAGCCCCUCGUUGGCUGUUUCUCCUGAAAGUGGCCGGCGACCCUCGGCCCAAACGUCUCCCCGGCGACUUUCCAUCGAUUGUCUGUUUCCGUACUGCUGGUGUAGAAGCGUAAUGUGUGUGAGACCCUGUGAAAUAAUGCUGUGUGACUCAUCAUAACGUCUGUAAAAGUGACCGCACGGGAUUGUCCGGCGUGUCCACUGCUCUUCGCUCUUCGCCGUUCUCUCCGUAGCUGUUUGUACGUGUUUCCCUCUUUUGCCUUGUCACUUUUUAAAAUAAACCUCAUUCCUUCUUCAAGUCUUGAA